AUGAAGAACGUUCCGUGGUCCAUUUUGGCAGCAUGCCGUUUGAGCUGGCCGCCGAAGUUUCCGAAUUUCUACCGGCAAGUUUACCAGACCAAGACCUUUCAGCCUACCGCGCAGUGGCAAAGAAGUAUGCUCAGCUUGUGCCAAAUGAGAGGCUACGCGAAGAAAGGGGACGGGCCUGCUUCGCGCAGCGCAAGAAACCUGAAAAGAAACAACGCAAAACUCCGCCUCCUGGGAUGUCGGUGCAUUACUCUGGUUUCAUCGGCCCAUACUUCUACAAGAGCACGGGCAGUAUCUUUGAUGGUUGGUGGGAAUCUUGCGGCUUUACUUUUUCCUCUGUGCAAGAUCUUUUUCAUGACUGCUGGACCCCAUCGUUUACGUGAUGGAAGGGCGGCUGUGGAGGCCGAGGCCAGCGGAGGCCAUCAAGCGGCCACUGUGCCUUUGAAUGAAGAAAUCUUGGAGAAGGCCAGCAGUGCUGUACCGGUGUGUGCCGCUGAGUGCGAUACCGAGAAGGUCACUAAAGAGCGCCACUAA